AUGCAGCUGGACGACUCGGACGGCGCCCUCGAUUCCUGGGCCGGGUUCUGCGCGCUCACCGGCGACCUCGUCGGCGGCGCCGGCGACCUCUCCGUCGGCCCGCGCCUGGCGCCCGUCGUGGCGGACCUCUGCGCCCGCGGCCUCGCCACGCUCGUCCGCGACUACUUCCUCCACAACCUCGAGGAAACAUUUAAAAACAAUGCAGUCAAGAAAUUUUGGCAGAAAUUUCAUCCUUAUAACAAUUCCUCUGCAGUAGAGAGAAUUAAAUUCUGUGUUCACGAAAGCUGGCCUGAGGAUGUCUUAAGUACAGCAUUGGAGGAUAUAUGCUUGGAAAAGACUUACCAGGAAAAAUGUGUACUAGUUCUAGUUCACGCUUUACAAUCAUAUGAGGAAAAGGCACGGAACAGAAAGCUCCAAGCAGCUGAGUGUAGCUCCACCUUAAUGCCUAGGUACCAAUUAAUGGUAUCAUCUGUACUUCUGACUACACUACCCUUGAGCUUUCCUGAGAUUCUAAAUGUCUACUUCAAGAAGAAAUUGGAAGAACUAAAUACCUUGAUGGAUGGAUCUGGUGACAAUGACCAACUUGCUAGUCAUGAAUUUUCUGGAGGGAGCAAUGUCUCUGCUUGGGAUUCUAAAAUGGACAUUGAUAGUCAAGAAACAAUUAUUUCAGAAAGUGGUAAUCUGGUUAAGAGCAUUGGAAAAGUUGUUCGUGAUCUUAGAUGUCUUGGUUUUACAUCAAUGACUGAAGAUUCUUAUUCGUCCGCAAUAAUCUGGCUUUUAAAGUCUAAAGUUCACGAAUUAGCUGGUGAUGAUUACAGAAUCCCUGUCCUCGGGUGUGUCAAGAAGUGGAUUCAGGCUGUUCCUCUUCAGUUUCUGCAUGCUCUUUUGACAUAUCUGGGGGACUCUGUUGACUAUGAAAGUGAAUCAUCUGGCCUGAAAUCACCCUUAGCCUCACGCCCUUCUUCCUUCCCAGGGAUUGGUGUUCCUUCUGAAGCCCUUCUGAGGUGGCACAUGCGCCUUGAGUAUUUUGCUUACGAAACCUUACAGGACCUGAGAAUUGGCAAACUUUUUGAAAUUAUAGUAGAUUACCCUGAGAGUUCCCCUGCUAUUGAAGACCUAAAGCAGUGUUUGGAGUACACCGGUCAACACUCUAAGCUUGUUGACUCAUUUAUCUCAUCACUGAGAUAUCGCUUGCUUACCGCUGGUGCCUCAACUAAUGACAUAUUGCACCAGUAUGUUUCCACUAUCAAGGCAUUGCGGUCGAUUGACCCCACUGGUGUAUUCUUGGAAGCAGUUGGUGAACCAAUUAGGGAUUAUCUGAGGGGUAGAAAAGACACUAUUAAAUGCAUAGUGACAAUGCUAACUGACGGAUCCGGAGGAAACACAAGUGGGGCAGGGAAUGCUGGAGAUAAUCUUCUUGAAGAACUGAACAGGGAUGCUGAAAACCAGGAAAAUGCUGACUAUGAUGAUCAUACGAACAUGGAUGAAAAGCAAGCAUGGCUGAAUUCCGAAAGCUGGGAACCUGAUCCUGUUGAAGCGGAUCCAUUGAAAGGCAGCAGAAAUAGGAGAAAAAUUGAUAUACUUGGACUGAUGGUCAGUAUAAUUGGCUCAAAGGACCAAUUGGUCAACGAAUAUCGUGUAAUGCUGGCAGAAAAGCUGCUCAGCAAAUCUGAUUUUGAUAUAGAUUCUGAUAUCCGCACGCUGGAACUUCUUAAGAUUCAUUUUGGUGAGAGCAGCAUGCAGAAGUGUGAGAUUAUGCUCAAUGACUUGAUUGAUUCGAAGAGAACCAACUCAAAUAUUAAAACAUCGUUACUAAGGACAGUUGAAACUGUUGCUGGGCAAGAGGAGGCAGAAAUGUCUCAUGAUGUUCUUGAUGCUACAAUAAUUUCUUCCAACUUUUGGCCACCAAUUCAGACAGAAGAUCUUAUGGUUCCUGCUUCAGUUGAUCAAAUGCUGUCUGAUUUUGCAAAAAGAUUCCAUCAGAUAAAAACUCCACGAAAGCUAUUGUGGAAGAAAAAUCUUGGAACGGUCAAGUUGGAGCUUCAGUUUGAGGACAGAAGUAUGCAGUUUACUGUAGUGCCUGUUCACGCUGCAAUCAUAAUGCGGUUUCAAGAGAAUCCAAGUUGGACUUCAAAGACACUUGCUACAGAAAUCGGCAUACCUGUAGAUUCUCUCAACAGAAGAAUAGGUUUCUGGACAAGCAAGGGGGUCCUGACGGAAUCAGUGGGGGCAGAUGUCGAUGAUCACAUAUUCACAGUUGUUGAUAGCAUGUCUGAUGUCAACAAGAACAGCAUCGUGAACGAAAGCAGUGAAGCGUUUCAAAUGAAUGAGGAUGAAGAUGAAAGCUCCAUUGCUUCUGUUGAGGAACAACUUAAGAAAGAAAUGACGGUCUAUGAGAAAUUCAUCAUAGGAAUGCUAACCAAUUUCGGCAACAUGACACUGGACAAGAUACACAACACUUUAAAGAUGUUCUGCGCAGAGCCAUCCUAUGAUAAAUCGCUGCAGCAGCUGCAGGGUUUUCUUUCUGGUCUAGUAUCAGAUGAGAAGCUUGAAAUGAGAGAUGGAUUGUACUUGCUAAAGAAGUAAUUGUUGUUUUAAUUAGCUCAUUCUCUGUUAGACAUAGAAUUAUAGGUAGUCAAAUCAGUAUGUAAUCCCUUUCGUCAAAAUUAUUCUGAUCAUAUAUCUAAUUAU